UGCCUUAUAAAUACAGACUGCAUGCACAGUCCUGAAAAAAACCUUACAUUUCUACACCAGGAAAAGACCGUGAUUACACUUGUCAUCAAAGACAAAAUGGAAAAUCCAGGUGGUGGACGCGGAGAUGGUUGCCGUGGGGAAAGAGGCAAGGAACAGGGACAAGGCUGUGGAGGUGGACAGGACAAAGAACGUGGAUGCAAAGGUGGACCAGGACAAGGACAAGAACAAGGACAAGGACCAAAACAAGGACAAGGAUGUGGAAAAGGACGUGGACAGGAAAUGAAAGCAGAACAUGCUCGUGGUCCAGAAUGAAGAAACAGUUUGACCCUUGAGGAUAAAAAUUAUUCUUGAAUGAUGGAUUCCCCUCUGUGUGAUAAUAUAAAGAAGUGAAUAUUAAAUCUUGAUUGUCUUACUUGUCUGUUGGUUCAUCACAAAGAGAAAUUUGGCAUCAACAAAAAUUAAACAAAUAAAUGAAAUUCUAAUACGCA